UCUACCACUUCCCAUGUUGUCAGCCAUUUAAAAAAAAAAACGCCUGAUACAAGGAAUCAUGAGAUCAUUCAGAGUCUUUCAAGCGGCAGACAUGGACCGGUUGUUUUGGCUUUCUCUCCUGCUCGCCCACCUGUUGGUCACAGCUGGCAAGGAUACAUGUCAUGUCUACAUAUCACAGUCAAACAAUAUAAUCUGGAAGGAAAUAGGGGAAGAAGCUGUUUUCAGUUGUACAGUCAUUUCCAGCUGUUCAGUAGAAUUUUACUUGUUCAAAGAGAACGUCUCUCUACCGCUUCAUAUGAGUAAAAAGUACCAAGGAGAAGCGUCUUUUCAAAUUAAUUCACUUAAAGCGAGUGACAGUGGGAUGUACUUCUGUGCUGCAGCAAACCGUAGUGGGUGCUGCACACCGUUUGUAGGGGAGGGAGCAACUCUUGUAGUGAGAGAAAAUGCUAAAAUAGUGAUGGGAAAAAUCUUGUCGGUAUCAUUUGUCCUUUUGGCCGUCUACAGCUUGGCUAUAGUGACGCUCAUCAUUCUAAAGAAGUAUGGCUGCAAUAUGAACAUCUGCAGAAAGACAUCCAAAAACGACAAGAAAAACGCAAAUAAAAAAGUACAGUUCCAGGACGUGCUGAAAGAAAUGCACAAGAAGAGAAACAUGGAGAAAAACAACCAAACAGCAAGCAGAAGCUCUUCUGAAGCUGAGGCCUCGAGCAACGACCUGCAGCAUUCUUCUGAUGACAUCUAUCAAAAUGUCUAAGCUUCAUUCAAGGAAUUGAUGAAUUCAGACCUCCAUCAUCUUGACGGAAAGGA